UAUCCUUCAAAACUGACACUUCUCGAAAAUUCCCGUGUUUCAUGAGGAACUUCCAGAUGGGUCAUUUUCUUGAACCACCCUUUCUGUAGACACUGCUCCGCCGUGGGUCUUCGUGAUGCCUCAAGCGCUAAUACCUCGUUGAGAAACGAUAAUAAUGCUGGUGAUCUCUGUUCAGGAUUUGUAGUCAGUGUAGGCAGCAUAUGAUGUGGAGCAACACCAAAGCAUAACUCAAACAGAACAGCACCGAAAGACCAAAUAUCUGAUGCGGUAGAAGGCGGCUUCCCAGCGAUACGUUCAGGGGCGGAAUAGCUUCACAUCAAGAUGAACAAUGUCUCUGGCAUGAAGGUAGCUAAGAGCUCCUAGAAUAUCGCUUGAAAGAUGCCGCAGUAGUCGUUCAAGUUCACCACUUUCAUCAUGCAUAUGGACAAACUCGUCCACGUAGGCGGAGAUACCCACUCCAGGCAUUUUCUUCAUGGCAAUACAGUACCGCCCAUCGGAAGUGAAGACACCCUUCAGUCGAGGCAUACUCGAAUGGUGUAUUACAGACAGGACAGCGACCUCUCGUUCGACAUCAGUCUUCGACACCUCCGCUAAAAGCAUUUUCACCAACACGUUUCGCUGAGUUUUUAGAAGCGUACCGUCGUGAGCAGUACAAAAUCGUCCUCGACCACAAACUUCGUCCAACUCAACCGAUUUCGACAACUCAGCGGCAUUCUCAAGAAGGCUAAUUCGCUUGCUGAAAUCGAUUUCCACCUCCUUACUUGGUCGACUACGUAGACCGAAAUUAUACGAAAAUACCCUGAUACGGUAGCGAACUGGUCGGAAAUGACGUAAGGAGAUUGUCGUCGUUCGCAAUGCAGACGCAACGCACCGGUACUGUCCCAUGUCUUCACUUUGGAAUUCUACGCCAUAGUAUAGUCCUUUCCUGAAACCCGGAUUCCAGGUCAAAAGCAAUGCAUUUCGUCCUAUACGUUCACAAACAAGGGAUACCGGAGGAUCUGGAUGAGUGAUCACCUUGACCACUGA